AUGUCCAAUGUGUCGUCCCACCUGCAAGUGAAAGGACAAAAAGACAAAAACAAUACGGAUGACGCCAAAAGCGACAAAGGGAAAGCAAUAGACCGGAAUGUCAGUGACAACAAAAGUGACAAGAGCGGCAAGCGCAAACACAGGAAAGGGGUUUCCUCUCGCAGUUCCUCCCUACAGUUGCCGGAAGGAGAAGUCUCUGAGCUGGUUCCCUCCAAUCUACCUAACGCCUCUCCAACAGAGGUGGUGAAUGAGUGGCUUAAGAAAAUACCGUCCGACAGUGCCAUGUACGACAUUGGGGACGAAUUCAGUGACAGAGGCCAUUCACCGGAGCUGGCACCAAAGGAAAAAACGAAUGGGAACGAUGUCACCUCUGUGCGUGACACUCCAAAAGAAAAGGAAGAACCUAAAGAGACAGCAGCCAACCAUGAGGCUGAUGGUGAGGAGCCAGCAGAGACCCCACCUGAGACCCCACCUGAGACCCUACCUGAGACCCCACCUGAGACCCCACCUGAGACCCCACCUGAGACCCCACCUGAGGGCACCGCUCCACACGAGUACAUAUCAAAGAGCUUUCACUCCUCAGUGCAGGUGAUGAAAGUACUGUUGAGUCCCAAGCUUGACCGGUGUCACAGCUUACCUGAAUUUUCCCCGGUGUACGGACGUAAACUGAGCACCUCAGCCAGAGGUCUCCUGGAUUGCCUCGCAAAGCUGCAGUUGAUAGACUUUGAUCCCAACGACGAUGCAAACGCCAAGGACACAAGGUACAGAGAGCUAAUGAACAUCCUCCAGUCACUCUGGUUGUGUGACCCAGCAGAAGGUGGAAAGCAACAGCAGAACGGCUGUGAUCAACACUCUGUGGACGGUGACACCAAAGCAAGGUCCUCCUCUGGGGUGGACGUCAGCAGUGGCUCAACAGGCUCAGGUGGUUUGGCUCAGGCACCGAACGCAGAGGGGGAAGCAAUGCUGAGGGUACAAGAAGUUGACGAAACUGCAGAGGAACAGGAAAGCCCAGAGUCCUCAAUCCCUAUGUCUGAUCCAGCCACCCCGUACGUAGCCAGUCAGGUCCAAUGGACCACAGAGGAAGGAGAAGGAGAAGGAAGAACAGCAGUGGAGAAAGAGAAACAAAAAGACGAAGACGUCCCAGCGUCUGAUGACACCAUUAGAAAUGAAAGUGUGAGAGAAUUACCAGAAACACCCCCGUCUUCCAACAAGAGCUCAGACCCUCGAGAGGACACAACCUCUGGCUCUCCUCCAUCUGUCCAAAGGGCACAACUAGCCAAAAAAGUUUCCCUAGAUCCUGAUCCUGUCUGGGUCUUGAAGUUACUGAACAAACUAGAGAAGCAGUUCAUGACACAUUAUGUGGAUGCCAUGGCAGAGUUCAAGGUUCGCUGGAAUUUGGACGACAGCGAACAGCUCGAUGCCAUGAUAGCCGAACUGAAAGACGAUGUGCAUAGCAGGAUACAAUUAAGCAUUGACAGAGAACUCAGGAAGAUCCACGGUCGAGGUGGAAGACCUAGGCCACCCAAAGAAGAAUUGUCACGAGAAUCAGGUGCGCAAACUGAGACGAGGAGAAGAAGACUGAAGGUCGUGCGCAACCAGUCUAUUGAUUACCGAGAGGAGAAAAGCGACGAUGCAACCGACACUUCUUUCAGCGACCAACGGAGUGAUGAUGAAUAUUGCCCUUGUGAAACAUGUAUAAAAAAGAAACUGGAAUUAGGACCACUGCUUCCUGCAGAAGUUUUGCAUAUUGCUCCUGUCAUGAUGGCUUUUGAUCUAAAGUCAAUCCUCCAGUUGAAAAAGAACCCUGCUCCAAAGACACAAGCAGUUGAUGCAACCAACGACACUGAAACUACGGAUGAAGCCACAGUAGUGAAAACUAGUAUUAUACAUGCAUUUGAUUUAAAGUCAAUUCUCCAGUUGAAAAAGGACAAUCCUCCACAGAUACAGGAAGAAGUCGAUGUUACAGAUGAGGCUGGAGGUAUAGAUGAAGCAAAAGCAGCGGAAACUCUUGUUGGAAACGUUAUCAACGGGGCUAAGAAAGAGGCGGAUGAAUCACAAGAACAGGAGGAUGAUGAACAGGAUGAUGAAAUGGCUGAUGAAGCUGAGGCAGCAGUAGAAGAGACAGCUAAAGAUGAAGCAGGAGAAGAAGAGGAUGCUGAUAUUGCUGAAGAUGAAGAAACUGUUGACGCAGAAACUCCAGAAGAUGAAGCAGUAGAAGAAGAGGAGGAAGCUAAAGCAGAAACAGCAGAAGCUGAGACAGUAGAAGAGGAAGCAGGAGAAGAAGAAACUUCUGAAGCAGAGACAGCAGCUGAUGACGAAACAGCAGGAGAAGAAGACACUGCUGAAGUAGAGACAGCUGACGAAGAAACAGAAGAAGCAGCAGAAGAAGAGACUGCUCAAAAUGAAACUACAGGAGAGGAGGAAGCUGAAGUUGAAAUAACCGGUGAUGAGUUGGCACUAGCUGAAACUGCAGGAGAAGAAACAGCACAAGCUGAAACUGCAGGGGAAGAGACAGCUGACGACGAAUCAGCAGGAGAGGAAGAGAGUGCUGAAGCUGAGACAGCUGAGGGAGAAGAGCAGACAGUCAGAGAUGAAACAGGAGAAGAUGAGACUGAAAACGCAGGAGAAGAGUCGCCAGAACCUGUAACAGCAGACGAAGAAGAGACUGCCGAAGCAGAGGCAGCUGAAGAUGAAGGAGCAGGAAAUGGAGCUGAAGCUGAAGCUGAGGAGGAUGUAGAAAAAGAGGAAGCUGAAAAAGAAAUGAAAAUAGAGCCAAUAGUUGAGUCAAACAUCGAGGAGACAGCUAUCAGGAAAGACAACGUGGAGGAAAUGGUUAAGGAAACUCCAGUGACCUCAUUCGAUGCCUUUGCCAGAGCAGAAUACUCUGAAGACGGUGCUUACUCCGACGAUGAGGAUUCAGAGACUGAACGACACAAUGAGGAGUCAGAGGCCCAAGAGGACAAAGCAGAAGCUGAGGCUGAGCUUCAGGUUGAGGAGACUACUGUUGUGGAGGAAGGGGAGGAGGAGCAAGAAGAAGCCGAGGAGGAGCAGGCAGAAGCUGAGGAGGAGGCGGAGGUGGAAGAGGAAGCUGAAGAGGAGCAGGCAGAAGCUGAGGAGGAGGCAGAGGUGGAAGAGGAAGCUGAAGAGGAGCAGGCAGAAGCUGAGGAGGAGGCGGAGGUGGAAGAGGAAGCUGAAGAGGAGCAGGCAGAAGCUGAGGAGGAGGCGGAGGCAGAAGAGGAAGCUGAAGAGGAGCAGGGAGAAGCUGAGGAGGAGGUGGAGGUGGAAGAGGAAGCUGAAGAGGAGCAGGCAGAAGCUGAGGAGGAGGCGGAGGUGGAAGAGGAAGCUGAAGAGGAGCAGGACGUUGAGGAUACCCCAGUUGAAGAGACUCCAGUUGAGGAGCUGAAGGAGAAAGGGGAGGAGGAAGCUGAAGUGGAAGUUGAGGAGGACCAGACAGAAGCUGAUGAGGAACAGGAGGAAGAUGAGGAUACGGCUGAAAACUAUGCUGCUCCUGAGGAAGAGCCAGCCGAUGAGGUGGAUGAUGUCACAAGCAAAGGACAGUCUGAAGACGACGGUGAUGGCAAUGGACCGUCUGGGACAUCUGAGACGAGCCUACAUAGCCAGCCAACCAAAUCUUCCAUGGAAUCCCAACCAGGCUCGCUGGACGAAAUCCUGGACGAAGAGGCAGAGAGAGAGUCCAACAAGCGAGAAGAGUUCACAGACAGGGUCGGAGAUGGGCUCGGGCCACCAUCUCUCUGUGAAGAGAAGGCAGAUGUACCUCAUGGACAAAGAGAACGAGAGCAGAGUGUCAGAAGUCACAGAGUCAGCCAGGUUCUCGAGCGACAAGUCGUCUCCCCAAAGAAGAAGACUCCAAAGAAGUCUCCGGCAAGAUCUGUCAAGUCAAGCAAGGCCAAAGAGAGUGAUAUUGAUCAAGACGAUCUUGAUUUCUAA